AUGAUUGAACACACAAAAGCAGACCAUGAAAGCACGGCUAACGAAACAUCUCACAAAUUCAGUGCAUUGGAAGGGCAGGCUACACUAUCAACUGAGGAACAAAAUUUUGAGGGCAAAGUCCACGAGACAUCGGUGCAAGAGAAUUUAUCCGAAGGAGAGACCACCGUUUACACCGAUAGCGAAAGUGUUGGCACAACUGAUCACCAACGAUCUGAGGAAGGCAAUGUAUCAGAAAAGGAAAUGAUUGAAGGCCCAAAAGCAGACCAUGAAAGAACGGCUAACAAAACAUUUGACCAAUUCAGUGGAUCGGAAGAGCAGGCUACAACAUCAGCCGAGGAACAAAAUUCUGAGGGCAAGGUCUACGAGACAUCGGUGCAACAGAAUUUAUCCGAAGGUGAGACCACCAUUUACACCGAUAGCGAAAGUGUUGGAACAACCGAUCACCAACCAUCUGAGGAAGGCAAUGUGUCAGAAGAGGAAAUGAUUGAAGACCCAAAAGCAGACCAUGAAAGCAUGGCUCACGAUAUAUCCGACCAAUUCAGUGCAUCGGAAGAACAGGCUACAACAUCAGUCGAGGAACAAAACUCUGAGGUUAAGGUCUACGAGACAUCGGUGCAACAUAAUUUAUCCGAAGGACAGACCACCAUUUACACCGAUAGUGAAAGCGUUGGCGCAACCGAUCGUCAACCAUCUGAGGAAGGCAAUGUGUCAAAAGAGGAAAUGAUUGAAUACCCAAAAGCAGACCAUGAAAGCACGGCUAACGAGACAUCUGACCAAAUCAGUGCACCGGAAGAGCAGGUUGCAAUAUCAGCCGAGGGAGAAAUUUCUGAGGGCAAGGUCCACGAGACAUCGGUGCAGCACAAUGUAUCCGAUGGAGAGACCGUCUCCAGUGAGAGUGAAAAUGUUGGCACAACUGAUCACCAACCAUCUGAGGAAGACAGCGUGUCCGAAGAGGAAAUGAGUGAAGACUCAAAAGCAGACGAACAAAGCGAGCCUGACGAAAUAUCUGAUGAAUUCAAUGCAUUGGAAGAACAGGCUACAACGUCUGCCGAGGAACAAAAUUCUGAAGGCCAGGUCCACCACACAUCAGAGCAAAACAAUUUAUUUCAAGGAGGUACCAUUUACACUGAGAGUAAAAAUGUGGGGCCAACUGAUCACCAACCAUCUGAGGAAGGCAACAUGUCUGAUGAAAUGAUUGAACCGCUCAAAAGAGACCAUGAAAUCCCGGCUGGCGAAACAUCUGAACAAAUUAAUGCUUCGGAAGAACAUGCUGCUACAUCAGCCGAGCAACAAAACUCUGACCGCCAGGCCUCCGAGCCAUCUGAACAAUAUAGUUUAUCUGAAGCAGAGACUACGAUGUAUAUUGAGGGUGAAAAUGUUGACACAACAGGUCCCCAGCCACCUCAACAUGGCAACGCACCUGAAGAGCAAAUGAUUCAACUGCCAAUAGCAGACCAUGAAAGACUGGCUGACAAAACGUCUGUCCAAUCUAUUGUGCCAGGAGAACAGACCAGAACGUCAAACGACGAAGAACAUUCUGACGGCCACGUCCACAAGUCAUUGGAGCCCCAGCAUUUAGCUGAAGCAGAGACGGCCAUGUUCACAGAGAGUGAAAAUGUUGGCACAACAGAUCGCCAACCAAUUGAAGAAGGCAACACAUUUGAAGAGGCACUGACUGAUUCGACAAAAGUACACAAUGAAAACACCGCUGGCGAAACGUCUGACCAAUUCAAUUCAUUGGAAGAACAGACCAGAAUGUCAAAUGAAGAAAAAAUUUUGACGGCCAAGUACGCCAGACAUUCGAGCAACAUAAUUUAUCUGAAGGAGAGGCUAGCAUGUCCGCUGACGGAGAAAUUGAUGGCACAAGAGAUCGCCAACCAUCUGAGGAAGGCAACGCAACUGAAGGGGAAAUGA